CACACCUGCCUAUUUUGGCGAGACCCUUUUCUCUUGCCAGAAUGAAAGGUGUGCUGAUUCUGCAAUCUUGCUGUGAUCUUACACAAGUCUAUCUGGAAUAACAAGAGGGGGAUCGGCUAGACAUAUCCAACUAGGCUUCUUCCUUUCCUGGUUUGGUGAUUGGGAGCUUUAUUUUUUUUUUCUCCUGUUAUUGUUUUGAUGGGCUGGCCUUUUCCAUGGAGUUUUGAGGGAGAAUGGGGGCUGUUGUAUGCGAAGAGUGAUCCUGUUGUGUAUUUGUGUUUGAAUUUCAGGAGUUUUUGGUUGGGUAUCUGAGUUAGUACGUGUGUUUCUCUACAUUUUUUGGGUUUGGAUUUUGGGUCUUUGGCUGGGAAUGAGAGGAUCAUCUUUUCGUGGUGAAUCCUUUCAUUCUCGGCGAUUUUAAAGCGUUUGGAAGGGAGUUUCCGAAUUUGAAGUUGAUGGUCCUUGGAGAUUCUUGAUCCUGAAACAGAUUGGUGGUGUGUGCUUGAAAUUGUUCUGGAAGAUUAAAGUCUUCCGAAAGGUUUUAAGUCGAGAUGGACGGAUUUUUUUUACAAAUUUCCUUGUGGUUUUGGCAAGUGGGUGUUGUAAAUUUGGUCGAGGAAACGAAAGGAUGAUUUUUCUUAGGGUCCUUAUAGUUCUUUUUGCGGAAUGUUUGUAAUUUAUGUCUGUAAAUAUAUAGUACCAUCACGAAAUCUUGUGUAAAUGUAUCGGAUUGAAGCUUAAAGUUGCUUUUUGGGUGCUUUCCUGGGGUUGAAUUUGAUUGGGGGCUGGGGAGAAGAGGGAGGCUAAUGUCUUUUAGGAGUAUAAUCCAGGAAAUGAAGGGAGAAAUCGGGGGUAUGUCGAAGAAGGGAUUCGACGGGAAAUGGGGUCAUGGUUCAAGGUCUAAAUUUCAGAGUGAGAGCUCUGAAUUCACCGUUGACGGCACCCACGGACCGAUCGAAGAUGCCAAACAGAGCUGUUGGGCUAAUCUGCCGCCUGAGCUGCUGAGGGAUGUGAUAUUGAGGGUCGAGGCGGCGGAGGAGACAUGGCCACCGAGGAAGCAUGUGAUCGCCUGUGCAGGUGUUUGCAGGAGUUGGAGGGUGAUAACCAAGGAAGUUGUGAAGACUCCGGAGCUAUCGGGCAAGCUGACAUUUCCCAUCUCUUUGAAGCAGCCUGGUCCAAGAGACAACCUUGUGCAAUGUUACAUAAAAAGGGAUCGUGUUGCUCAUACAUAUCGUCUUUAUCUUGGUCUGGCUCAAGCAUUGGCGGAAAAUGGGAAGUUCCUUCUUGCAGCAUGCAGGGUUCGUCGCCCAACCUACACUGACUACGUUAUCUCUUUAGAUGCUGGAGACAUGUCCAAGGGCAGUGGUACCUAUAUAGGAAAGUUAAGAUCAAAUUUCUUGGGGACCAAGUUUACUGUGUAUGAUGCCCAGCCUCCUCAUGCUGGAGCUAUAGUGAAAAAAAGCCGUUCUUCUCGGUUGGUUGGCUUGAAGCAAGUCUCACCAAGGGUUCCUGCAGGAAACUACACAGUUGCCCAUAUUUCAUAUGAGCUGAACGUCCUGGGAGCAAGGGGCCCAAGAAGAAUGCUUUGUGUUAUGGAUGGCAUCCCAGCAAGUGCUGUUGAACCUGGGGGAGUUGCUCCAACACAGACUGAAUUCCUUCUGAAUAGCAUCGAUUCCUUUUCAUCUUAUCAUUUACCACGAUCUAAGUCCACUCAGUCAGAAAGUUCAUUCUCAGCUCCAUUGUCCAGCCGAAGUGAUGCAAAAGACAGCCAUCUUGUACUAAAAAAUAAGGCACCAAGAUGGCAUGAACAACUUCAGUGUUGGUGCUUAAAUUUUCGGGGACGUGUAACUGUUGCUUCUGUGAAGAACUUCCAACUUGUUGCAGCACCUGAAAACACACAAAUGGCUCAUGAUCAUGAUAAGGUUUUACUGCAAUUUGGCAAAGUGGCAAAGGACUCAUUCACAAUGGACUAUAGAUAUCCUCUUUCUGCUUUUCAAGCUUUUGCCAUAUGCCUCAGCAGCUUCGACACCAAGAUUGCAUGCGAGUAAAGGAUCUCGUGGCCUCAAAAUUUUCUUGCGAGGAUGCAAAUGGGCGACUGCAACAGGAUAUCAAUGUCCAAGCUCCUUUCUGGUUGUUGGUUCCUCACUGGCUGUAUAACAUGACUGCAUGUAUGCAUGCACGCACUUGUAUUUGUGGUGUACAUAAACUUUUGGAAGUAUCACAAUCUACUUUCAUUCUAAACCUAUGGUCAAAACCUUUUAUGGAAAUUCCUGACCUUCGGGGCUGUA